AUGGAGUUUUUGUCUGCUGAGACCAAUUCAACCCACCUGUUGUGGGAACCAACGGAUGAACCCCCAGUUAUUCUCUCGAUGGUCGUUAUGGGCCUCACUUUUUUACUGGGAUUGCCAGCCAAUGGGCUGGUAUUGUGGGUAGCAGGCCUAAAGAUGCAGCGAACGGUGACCACAACUUGGUUCCUCCACCUCACCCUGGCGGACUUUUUCUGCUGCCUCUCUCUACCCUUCAACAUAGUUCACUUGACUUUUCAAGGGCAAUGGCCGUAUGGCAGGCUCCUUUGCAAGCUCCUCCCCUCCGUUAUCAUCCUCAACUUGUUUGCCAGUGUCUUCCUGAUUACAGUCAUCAGCCUGAACCGCUGUCUUGUGGUACUCAAGCCAAUCUGGUGUCAGAAUUAUCGCAAUGUGAGAACAGCUUCAAUCAUCUGUGGAUGUAUUUGGGUAAUGGCUUUUGCAAUGUGUCUACCGGUGCUCUUGUACUGGGAAGUAUUCACUAUAGGCAACAAAAAUCUGUGUAGCUAUAAUUUUGGUGAUUUUGACUUGGAUUAUUUCGAUCCCUAUUUUAAUAUACUGGAGAACAGAUUACCUGAUGAUGUGUCCAUCACACAGCUACCUAGGGAAUUGGAUGACAGAUUAGAUUUUUCAUCUUCCCAAACAAAUGAUCAUCUUUGGACAGCCUCCACAAAGAAUUCACCAGCAAUUCCCACUGGUCUCCACAUGCAAACAUGGCUGAGACCUUCUGGAGAUUCUGUGGAAUUAUCCAGAUUAUCCGGUCAAUAUUCACAUGAAGAUCAAAGGACUGACACCCUUAAAAUCUCUGAUGCUCUUUUCUCUUUAGAUUUAGAACUUUUCCCCAGUCCCUCUAGCAAUUCUGAGUACACAUAUGAGCUAGCAGACAACUAUCAAGCAUCACCACCCCUGUUAGCAAUAACCUUCACAAGGCUACUACUGGGUUUCCUGCUACCCUUUAUCAUCAUGGCAUGCUGUUAUAUCCUCAUUAUCCGCCGAACGCAACAGGGACGAUUUUCCAAAUCUCGAGGAAAAACUUCACGAGUGACCAUGGUCGUGGUGGCUGUCUUUUUUGUCUGCUGGAUUCCAUACCAUGUAUUCGGAGUCCUAAGGAUGUUUAUUGAUCUAGGCUCUCCCUUUGGAAAAGCUCUACUUUCCUGGGACCAUAUGUCCACUGCUCUAGCAUCUGCCAAUAGCUGUUUUAAUCCCUUCCUCUAUGCCCUCAUGGGGAAAAGCUUUAGGAAGAAAGCAAGGUCCUCUAUACAAAGCAUUCUGGAGGCAGCCUUCAAUGAGGAGCUCACAUACUCUACUAGCUACUCAAAUAAAAUCUCUUCAGAAAGAAACACCACCAGUGCAGCUGCAUGA